AACUUGAGUUGGAAGAGGCGAGUACGGUCGUAAAAUGGAGGUAAAACUGCCGCCCGGUCGCCCCCAGCCUGACUCCGGCCGUCGCCGCCGCCGCCGGGGGGAGGAGGGCCAUGAUUCAAAGACACCAGAACAGUUGAGGAAGCUGUUUAUUGGUGGUCUGAGCUUUGAAACCACAGAUGAUAGCUUAAGAGAACAUUCUGAGAAAUGGGGCACACUUACAGACUGUGUGGUAAUGAGAGAUCCCCAAACAAAACAUUCCAGGGGCUUUAGUUUUGUGACCUACUCUUGUGUUGAAGAGGUGGAUGCUGUAAUCUGUGCUCGUCCACACAAGGUUGAUGGGCGUGUGGUGGAACCGAAGAGAGCUGUUUCUAGAGAGGAUUCUGUAAAGCCUGGUGCCCAUUUAACUGUGAAGAAAAUUUUUGUUGGUGGUAUUAAAGAAGAUACAGAAGAAUAUAAUCUGAGAGACUACUUUGAAAAGUAUGGCAAAAUCGAAACCAUAGAAGUUAUGGAAGACAGGCAGAGUGGAAAAAAGAGAGGAUUUGCUUUUGUAACUUUUGAUGAUCAUGACACAGUUGAUAAAAUUGUUGUUCAGAAAUACCACACUAUUAACUGGCGUCACUGUGAAGUGAAAAAGGCCCUUUCUAAACAAGAGAUGCAGUCUGCUGGAUCACAGAGAGGUCGUGGAGGUGGGUCUGGAGGAGACUUUGGAGGUGGUGGAGGUAAGUUUAGUCGUGGUGGAAACUUUGGUGGAAGAGGAGGCUAUGGUGGUGGAGGUGGUGGCAGCAGAGGUAGGUAUGGAGGUGGUGAUGGUGGAUAUAAUGGAUUUGGAGGUGAUGGUGGCAACUAUGGUGGUGGUCCUGGUUACAGUAGUAGAGGAGGCUAUGGUGGUGGUGGACCAGGAUAUGGAAACCAAGGUGGUGGAUAUGGUGGUGGUGGAGGAGGAUACGAUGGUUACAACGAAGGAGGAAAUUUUGGUGGAGGUAACUAUGGUGGUGGUGGGGAUUAUAAUGACUUUGGAAAUUAUAGUGGACAACAGCAAUCAAAUUAUGGGCCCAUGAAAGGGGGCAGUUUUGGUGGAAGAAGCUCAGGUGGUCCCUAUGGUGGUGGCUAUGGAUCUGAUGGUGGAAGUGGUGGAUAUGGUAGCAGAAACCAAAUCCUUCUGCAUGUGCUGGUGAGAGGUGACACUGGAGAGGUGGAGGUGGAUGAGAAAGGUGACUUGGAUGCGGCUCAGGAUGCUACUGCCAACAUUGAGCCAGCUCCUGCAUGUGCUGAUGACACUGGUGAAGCUCUGAAUCCUAUUCAGGAUGCUGACAUAAUUUUUGAUUCUGCAAAUCCAACUGAAAACAUUGGCCAUAUAAUGUGA